AAAAAAUUCUCGAAAAAUAUUUGCAAAAUACUAAUGAAAUUUUAUUUCUGGGUAAUAGGGUUAUGGUUAUUGCCAAUUUGUAUUCAGUUUUUCAACAAGAAUCUGCUUUUUGUGUAAAGAAAAGAAAACAAGUUAGGCUAUUUUACAAAAUUCCUCAUUCCUUAAAGACUCCUCGACAAAGCAGGCAUUGCCCUAGGGCAUUGUCUUCUUGAAUACAUAGGACAUCUAUUGGGUCAGCACAAUGGAAAUGGGUUUUUAUUUUGUCUUGCAGGUUAUCUGGGAUACACUAGGAAACAAGCAAUUUUGUUCCUUCAAAAUAAGAACCAAGACUCAGAGCUUUUGCAGAAAUGAAUACAACCUGACUGGACUAUGUAAUCGGUCGUCCUGUCCCCUGGCAAAUAGUCAGUAUGCCACUAUCAAAGAAGAGAAAGGACAGUGCUACUUGUAUAUGAAGGUUAUAGAACGAGCAGCUUUUCCUAGGCGUCUCUGGGAACGGGUCCGGCUCAAUAAAAACUAUGAGAAAGCACUGGAGCAAAUAGAUGAAAAUCUAAUUUACUGGCCCCGUUACAUUCGACAUAAAUGCAAGCAGAGAUUCACCAAGAUCACCCAGUACCUAAUUCGAAUUAGAAAACUUACACUAAAGCGACAGAAGAAACUUGUUCCUUUGAGUAAGAAGGUGGAGCGUAGGGAAAAAAGAAGAGAGGAAAAGGCAUUAGUAGCUGCUCAGCUGGACAAUGCCAUUGAGAAGGAAUUACUGGAGAGACUGAAACAAGAUACGUAUGGCGACAUCUACAACUUCCCCAUCCAUGCCUUCGACAAAGCCUUAGAACAACAGGAGGCAGAGAGUGACUCUUCAGAUGUUGAAGAAAAAGACGACGAAGAAGAUGAUGAAGAUGUGGGAAAAAGAGAAUUUGUGGAAGAUGAUGAGGUGGAUGAGAGUGACAUAAGUGAUUUUGAGGAUAUGGAUAAACUGGAUGCCAGCAGUGAGGAAGAUCAGGACGAUAAAUCAUCCAAUGAGGAGGAAGAAGAAAAGGCCCUUAAUGCGAAACACAAAGGCAAAACACCCUUGAAAGGACCAUUGCAGAGAAAACGAGCCUAUGUAGAGAUAGAGUAUGAGCAGGAGACAGAGCCCAUGGCCAAGGCCAAAACCACGUGAUUCCCCUUCAGACAAAAUGAGACUGAACAUUUGGAACUUCUUUUUUAUCUUAAACAUGUACACACCUCCAGUUUUUGCUCUUUCAUGUUGUAUGCAACACAAUAUUUAUGUUUUUAAUAUUUAUGCGACUUCAGUGGGGCAAGAAAUCUGGAAUGAGUAGAAGGAAGCCUUAAUUUGUGAACAGAGUAUUUUUAUAGCAUAUAUGUUGAAGUAACAGCUUGAGCCCAAGAAGCUUAACAGAUGAGUUCUUGAAGCCGGGAUGAGAUUGUGGGUAUAAAUAUUUCUAAAUUUUAAA